AAUGACAGGGCGCAUUUUUUAAAACUUCUGAAAAUUCCGGAAGUUGGUGUCACUUUUGUGGCAAGAACGAGUUGAACGAGGUAUCUUUAAAUCUCAACUUUAAUUGAAGGUGUUCAUCAUCAUGGAUUUUUCUCCUGUCCUUGGACAGCAAAGUCAAAACAAAAUCCGCAGUGACUUUGAAAGAGUAAAGAAUGAACAUAACAAAAGACAGGUGGACCAGAAGCUCAAUAAACCUCUGGCGCCCUCCCAUCUUUUAAACAAAGAUACUGAGAACAAAGAUCCGUCAGAAUCGGGUCAAAAAGCACCUGUACAGGCAGGUAUAAGCAAGCUUCCUGUAUUGGCCAAGUCCCUCCGUCUUCAGAUGCCUUCACACUUCAAGCAGUCCCACCACAGGUGGGAAGAAAAACCUUUAGCUGGGAAAGCUAAGAAGAAAAAGCCAUGUACCCGGCCCAUACCAUUCAAUUUGUCUCAGCCAAAAAACACAAAAAUUGAAAGCAAAAGUCAACUUUCUGUGGCUGCUUCAACAAAGACUCAUGCUAACAAGCCUGAAAGCAGAAUAUUGAAUGUCAAACACACUAAACAUCGAGCUGCACUGAGCAGCACCUGGGAUUCCACUGAAGAUGUGCGGAAGUAUCAUGGGAAAGCUGCCAAAAAAGAAUCUCACCUGCCUGGACAGUCGGGUCCGUCCAACACAUUGAAAAAAGUGGUUGCCUUCGCCAACGUUUCUUCUAGCUCCACGAGUGGGAAGGCAGACUGUCCGUCUGUUCAGUCUGCUCUUAGUGCAGAGUUGAGGUUGGGAAACAUGAAACUGCUCAGUCUCAAAGAAACGUCCACAAAUUCACAAACCGUUCAGAAUUCUGAACCCAUAGUCAUGCAGAAACCUCCAAACGAAAAAAAGGACAACUUUCAGUCAGAUCCUUCAGCUCUGCUCAGCAUCCUUCGAAAUGAGGGGAUAGAUGUUUCCAGUCGGGCGCCUUCAAGUCUGCAAUCCAGACCUUACAGCUAUCAGCCUCAGCGGGUGUCCGUCCUGAAGAGUAAACAAAAACCUGCGCCUUCAUCAGCAGGGUUAGUGAGGCCAGGGCAUUUCUCACCAGAUACUGCUGGACUGCAAUGCAUCCUACUGACUGACGGUGUGACGGCUGGGGCGCCCGUGGGUGCCACACCUAGAAAUUCAGUCUGUCCUCCUGGCAGAGGGACAUCUAUUUAUACAGCCCAGAGGGUACCAGUUGGAAAAACCCCUGUAGAGAUAACUGGAGGUCCAGUGGCUGCACUCAAAAAGACUCCACAGACAAAAUGGACUCCACAGAGAGUCCCCAACCCCUCCUAUCAACCCAUGUCUGCUAUGAAGUGGCAUCCGUCAGCCCAGCGCUCACUGCACAAAACUCCUGGAUUUGAGAGCUGCAAAAGCAAACUGCAAAAAGAGGAAAUUGUCCAAAGAUUAUUUUGUGAUGCUGAAGAUGUCCAAACUGUAAAUGUGGAGACCGAAGUCCUAGAUGCAAAAACCGGUGAAAAGCAGCUCCCCAUUCAAGCCUCAUCUAAAAAAGUUCUCUUUGAAGAAAAGCUAACAAGAGGAGCCAGCAAUGAGGAAGAAGAGACGCGGGAGACGCUCCUGCCAGAACCGCCCAGGGAGUCUGUCAUUUUUAUGUCAACUGGUAAAAAGCUGUUCAGAGUCUCACGUUUUGACGACACUGAAAGCUGGGAUCAGAAGGAUCAGCAGGGUCCAGUUUUAGAACCACAGAAUGAGCCAGAAGAACACAGUGAACCGUCAGUGGGGCCUGAACCUAUUCAUCAUAUCAUCCCCUCUGCUCAGCGUAUGCAGAAAGACCUGAUUGCACAGAAACCUUGUUCUCGGAGUUCUGCAGUGGCAUUGCUGCGUAAGCGGUUUCCUCCUCUGGAGGAGCUGCGAUUGGAUGAGGAGGUUGCCUUCUUCAUCUCUUUGUCUCUCCCAUCCAACAACGGGUGUCCUCCACCUCGGCCUCGCUGUGAAAACCCCUUGGCCGUGCUCUUGCACUUUAAAGAAUCCACUGAAUUUCUUCCAAUACGCUUGGAUCCAUUGUACAUUUCAUCUCAAUGCUGCUCUCCGCUGAACGAAUGAUGAUUAAAACACAAUUUGUUAUUUGUACUUUUAAAAAAGCCUACAUGUAUAAUAUUUUGGUUAUUAAAUAAUAGAAAUAAAUGAGAAUUUGUACAGUUUAAAGUUUGUAAUAAAUGUGUGCCACUGA